AUGGACAAGCUCAAGUCUGUUUUAAGUGGCGAAGAAGCGCGCAGAGAAGACCGACAUGUUUUAGAGGUUGCCGAUGAAGCCUCCACUUUAGGAUGGGGGACGCGUGUGAAGGGAUUCGUUGGCUGUUUUGUGAUUGGUGUGGUGUGCACGAUACUGGGAGUAUGCACCCUUUUCAUUCCCAGGAUCGGGCUGACUCUCUUUAUUGUGUUUUACACCUUUGGAAACAUAUGUUCUCUGUGCAGCACAAUGUUUCUGAUGGGGCCUGUGAAGCAACUGAAAAGAAUGUGUGACAAAACGAGAGCCCUGGCCACCACUAUAAUGCUUACUUGCCUUGUGUUGACGCUCUGCGCAGCCUUCUGGUGGAAGAACUUUGGUCUCGCGUUGUUGUUUUGCAUUUUGCAAAUCUUAUCGUUUUCUUGGUACGGCUUGUCAUAUAUCCCAUUUGUGAGGGGGGCAUUAAUGAAGGCGGUGGCUAUCUGCAUGAAGUAAAUGCCUUGUCUUCACUGAGGUGAACAAACAGGCUUAAUGAAGUAUAUUAAACGGGCUGGUCUCUUGUUGAUGCAGCUGACAUAAGCUGGACUUCACAAGCAUCAAGUCCUGCUUUGGGGAGUUGGUGAACUCCUUGGAACUGCAUCGUCUGCCCACAAGUUUUACAUAUAACAAAUUUUAAAUAUUUCUGUACUCUUAAAGUGCUUUUAAUUAUAAAUUUACAUUAAUUCAAAUGAUUUUAGGCUCUGUGAUGUUUGGAGUGCCCAUGUUUUUGAUAAAUCCCCCAUUUUUGAUAAAUGGAUUGGUUAUGUAAUUGAUGUGAAUAUUUAUGAUAAAAUGUAUUUUUAUUGAUUUUUUUUUAGUCCUGU